AUGGCAGUCUCGUGGUUAAUUCGUUUGAUCUUUCUGGCUGUUAAUGUUCUGGGCGCAAAUUUACUGGUGAUAUCCGACUCGCACUUCUGUGCAAGCGUUUUUGAAACUAAGAAUGGUAAGUUAACACCUUCGGCUCUAUAAAACAGUUUUCGACAACUUUUUCUAUGUCUCUAGACCCAAACGAAAUAUCUUUCUUUGUAACAUCUUUUAAAUACUCGCCAUUUAAAGUACUCUAAAAGCCCUUCCUUUUCCCGACCAUACCUAGUGUUGAAAUUUAACACUUAUAUUACAACUUAUAUCACUUUUUUUUACUUCUGACGAUUCCCGCUCGUAUCUAAUCCCAAUUAAGAAAGCAAGUAUAUCUUUUAUUAUAAAAAGGCAAAGCUAAACUGAGACAAUGUGUGCCCCUGGUUCAUGUUAAAGUAUACUGGUUUAUUGCAUAUUCCUCCGUUCUUUAUUACUUUACCUUUCAGACCAUGUUUUAGUUGGUCAUGUCAUGAACACGUCAACUGUUGCUAACGAGUUUGAAUGUCACCAAUAUAUAGUGCCUCAAAAAUAA